CUCGAACAAUUUGGUUAUAUGUCAAGCGCUAAAUCAUUUAAAUUACACAGUAGCUCUGAGAGGACAGAGGCUUUAAAGUCCUUUCAGAAGUUUAACAAUCUGCCUAUAACGGGAAAACUGGAUCAAGACACCGUACACAAGAUGAACACACCAAGAUGUGGUGUUCCGGAUAUGGAGCCCAGUUCAGAUGGUUUACCGAAACCAUAUAAAUUAGGGCCAAAAUGGACGAAAAAGAAUUUGAGUUGGAGAGUUACUAAUUUUAGUGAUCGUUUGUCGGAUUCGACUGUAAAGUCUGAAAUAGCUAGAGCACUUAAAGCCUGGUCGGACGUGGCAGAUUUGUCCUUUACAGAAGUUAGUUCCGGGGAGGAUAUUGAAAUCAAAUUUGUGACAGGUUCUCAUAAUGAUGGUAAUCCCUUCGAUGGCGAAGGAGGUGUGCUUGCUCAUGCAUUUUAUCCCCAAACUGGCGAUGCCCACUUUGACGACGCCGAACUUUGGGUUGUCAAUAAAACCGGUAUAGAUCUGUUCAUUGUUGCUGCACACGAAUUCGGACAUUCUCUUGGCCUUGCCCAUUCACAAAAUGAUGAUGCAUUGAUGGCACCGAAUUACUCUGGGUAUAUACCAAACUACCAACUUCAUCCAGACGACAUAGCCGGCAUACGUGUUCAGUACGGAGAACAACAAACUCCUCCAGUCACUGAUCCGCCAGCCACUGAUCCUCCAGCCACUGAUCCUCCGGCCACUGAUCCUCCAGCCACUGAUCCUCCGGCCACUGAUCCUCCAGCCACUGAUCCUCCGGCCACUGAUCAUCCGGCCACUGAUCCUCCGGCCACUGAUCCUCCGGCCACUGAUCCUCCAGCCACUGAUCCUCCAAUACCUACUCCAGCAGUAACAGUAACGCCGCCUCCUGUGGACAACAGACCGGAAUUGUGCUUUAAUGGUUAUGAAGCUACAAUUAAAAAUACAAAUGGGGAGUAUUUGUUUUUCGUUAAACCAAAACACGUAAUGAUGAUGACUGCUGCAAAUGGACUAUAUAGAACUGAAAAAACAAAAAAAGUUUUUAAAAAAUCUCCAAGGAAGGUGGAAGGUGCUUUUAUUCUACCGGAUACGAAUAACAUAUAUCUGAUAAAAGGCAAAAAAUUGUAUGAAUUCGACUCUGAAGGAACACGUACAAGGGUGCUGAAAAUUAAAAAAGAAAAAGGUAGAAAGAGAUUGCCAGAGAAAACACGUGCCGCAUUUGCUGUUAGCGAAAACCAGGUGUAUAUGUUAGGUGAUAGUAUGGUAUGGCAAUUAGAUUUGUCAACCCUAACCAUCAGUUCUGAAUCGAUCAAACUAAUAUCAGAAGAGUUCCCUGGAUUACCCUCUGGGACUGAAGCAGCAAUGCUGUACGACACUCAGACAGUUUAUUUCUUCCAAUCUAACAUGUAUUAUAGUUUUGAUUUACAAACAAACACUUUAAAUGGUGGACCUUACGAUGCUGCUGCUGAAUUCAUAAAGAACGACUGUGAAGUACAAUAGUUAACUUAACAUAGAAUCAUGGCGAAAACUAGAUUGUGGGAAAAAAAAUAUACGUUUUGUGAUUACCAGAAGACCAGACUUUUUUUUAGUCCGUCCGGUGUUUCGUAUUUAACGUAGAAUAUGACAUUUGUAAAUAGAUAUUUUUUUUUAUUAAAAUAGGUUUACAUUUCGUA